UAUUUGUGGUGCCAGAUCUGCACAGAGGUAUCUGUUGGAAAGAUUACCUUCAAAUUCAACAGCUGUGCUGUAAACCCCGCCUUUGUUUCAGACUUAAUAGAAAGUCUCUUGGCAUAUUGUGCCAAGGCCAUGGCAUCAAACAAUAAACCUAAUACUUUCUGACAUCGGAUCUACUUCUCCUGGGCCGGCUGCUGUUAGAGAUGGCUAAAAUGCCUAUGCGCUCACACGACUGCGGUCAUAUAGUAAGUGUAGCUGAAGCUUAAUCGUGUCCACAAUAGAUACCAACUCGAAUGCAUAGAUGCACAUAUGGAGGAAAUGCAUAGAAAAGGGAACAAUUUUGGUGGUCUUUAUAAACCAGCAUGUUAGACCAUCAGUCCAUUGUGAAAGGGAUAAAUGCUCUCCCCCCAGAAGAUCGACUGCUAAAGUUUUUGGUGGAUAGUUCAGCAGACAGCGAGGAGACCGUUCAGUGUGCUAACUGCGAUUUGGAGUACAAGAAACAGGAUGUGGAUGCAAUGUAUUAUUGCAACACUUGUUGCCAGCCAUUGUGUCGAGACUGCAGGGAAACCACCCAUAAGGCCAAGAUGUUCUCCCGCCACGAGAUUGUCUCCCUGGCAAAGCGCACCAAAGAAGUUCACAAAAAAUGCGCCCUGCAUGAGGAACUCUUCAUCAUGUUUUCCACAGAGAAAAAAUCCAUGCUUUGUAUCAACUGCUUCAGAGACACGCAAGUGGAGAGCAGAGCACACUGCAUCGAUAUUGAGACGGCAUAUAUACAAGGCUGUGAAAAACUUGACCAAGCCGUGUUAGCUGUUAAGGAGCUUCAGACAUCAGCACGAGAGGCUAUCGUUCUGCUGAAAGCCAUGAUUGGAGAGGUCAGAGCCAAUGUGGAUGAAGAGGAGAGCGCUAUCUGCACUCUGUUCAAUAACAUGCAGGAAAAACUGGCAGAGAAAAAGAAAAUGUUACUCAAGGCUGCGAGAAGUCAGCAUGAGGAGAAAGAAAAAGCCUUUAAAGAGCAGUUAUCUCAUCUUGCUGCCCUCCUCCCAACUCUUCAGGUUCAUUUGGUCACUUGUUCUGCCUUCCUAAGCUCAGCGAAUAAAUUUGAGUUUUUAGAUAUGGGAUACCAACUAAUGGAGAGACUGAAGAAGAUUGUUAAACUACCACACAGACUGAGACCAGCACAGAGCAGUAAGAUAAACACAGAGUAUCGCUCUGAGUUUGCCCGUUGCCUUGAGCCUCUCUUGCUGUUAGGACAACGCCGGUCAGUAUCAGCUACAGGAAGUGUGUCAUUAGGUCUGACAAAUACCAGCGGACUCAUGCAGUCAUCUCUGUCAAUCCGGUGUCAUUCUCCAGCCAUGAGCGACAUGUCUCUGUCUUCAUCCGUGGUGCGCAAGCCAAGCUCACAUCGCUACAUCAGCACCAAGGUUCUACUUGCUGAGGGUGGAGAGACGCCCUUUAUGGAGCACUGCUGCAGCUAUGAGAACAGCUACAGGACUUUGCAGACAGAGAUUCAGAAACUCAAAGACCACGUGCAGGAGAUUCACAGAGAUCUGACCAAGCAUCACUCCCUCAUAAAAACCGACACCAUGAGUGAGAUUCUGGAGAGAUCACUACAGCUGGACGGACAGAUCGCCACCGAAUACUCCUCAGUGGAACUAACAAGAGCCAUGUUUGAAGAGAUGUGGGAGGAGACGUUACAGAGGGUAGCAAAUGAACAGGAGAUUUAUGAAGCACAACUUCAUGACCUGCUCCAGUUAAAACAGGAGAACUCCUACCUGACCACCAUCGCCCGACAAAUAGGCCCCUACAUUCACUCCAUAGCAAAAGUGAAAGAGCGCCUGGAGCCCAGGCUGAAGGAGCCCAAGGAACUUAAAGAUGAUCGCACAGAAAUCAUGCUGAAGCUUUAUGAAGACAGCACCUCCACCUCAGACACACAGCCCAGUAAUGAACUGUCAUGUAAUGUUGAAGACAACCGGACUCUUAACAGCCUUUCAGAAGAAACUCCUCCUAAGAACAAGGAUUACUACAGGACAAACAAGCAGAAGAACGCUGAAACGGCAAAUCGUAAAGAGAUGCAGAUGUGAAACCAGUUUCAGCUCUAACCAAUCGGUCAAGCUUCUGCAUGGCCCUCUUAGUCUCUACUGUACUGGUAGAUGCCAUGCAUCAUCUGCAACCUAAAAGCAUUUCUCUCUUUUGGAGCAAGCAAAACACACAGUAUAUAUUCCUAUUGUUUCAUUAUAGUAAGUAGAUGCUUUUCUAGUCCACAGUUCUUUUAAGAGUGUGAAAUAUUGUAGCUUAUACAUUUACAUUGCUUUCAACACAGUCAUGUAAAAUAAAAUUGAUUAAGCUUUCAUUAAAUGAGUGUUUUAUUUUAAAAGUUUGUUACAUUUUGCUGAAGAUAAUGCUGCCAAUAAUGUAAGCGCCGCUAUACAUUACAGAGGUAGAGAGUGGCCCUCUCCCAUUCGUUUUUUCACAAGUGCAACUCUUACAUAAGAAACCUAUUGCAUGUGUUAAAACGUCCAUAUCCGUACACAUUUAGGCCUCUUAAUUGGUUAAGAGUGUACAAGAAAUUACUACUCUUUACCCAAUGUCUAUACAAGCUACACCAUGCCAUGAGGAGAGUUGAGCUCUUCUCACAAAAAUGCAAAACUGGAAAGAUCAGGACUUUGGAUACAGCUCUGCUGUUCGGCUCUCUGAAUCCCACCUUCAUGUGAAUUAUUCUUGUUGAAUCAUCAUGCAAGGAUGAAGGGAAGUGAAAGAUGUGGUGGAUAUGAUCAUGA